GUUUAUGAAUUGCAAGCAGUGGACGCCUUUUGCAAAAUGAUUGCGAAAGCCGUGCCGUUACUACUGUUGCUGCUGGCUAGUGGAGUACGGAGCCAGGAUGAUUCACUGGCCGGAAGUUUUCUCUCAGGACUGCUGGACUCGAUCACCAGUACAGAGGAUGCAAAGGGAUGCCCGGGUGUUUGCGUGCACACGUUGGCCACACUCAUCUGCUAUGAGGUACUGGACGACAUACCGUGUCCCUCACCGAGCAUGAAGUGCUGCGUGGAAAGCAGUACGGCGGCAGCAAACAUUUCCACCACAGCCCGCCCCAAACCGACCACCACUACGAUGCGGCCAACGACAACCACAACCCCAAAGCCAACGACCGAGGCCAAAAUCAAGGAGAAGGAUAACAAAACAAACUCAUCCUGUCCUGGGGUUUGCGUUGCUGAUCGGAUUGCCGAUUACUGCGAGGCGUACCUGACGACCGCCGGUCUGUGCAAAAGUGGCACAAAGUGUUGCGUUUCGCGGGACAUCUACCCGGACAAUCCACCGGACGAUCUGUACGUACCGACGGCUCAUUUCGAUUCGAAAAACAACAAAACCACCACCCCGAAACCGUACGCCAAGACGACGGAACGGCCACACCACACCACGGAGGAACCGAUCCGCUCGAAGACCAAUCCGACACCGAAGGCCACUCCGAAACCAACCAAAACGCCACCAUCGAAGCAGAAACCGGGCUCUUCCCUGACCGCCAACAAUGGCCAAGGACCGGUUCACAAGGAGUGUGAAGGUGAUUGCGUCAAUGGGUUGCUGGCACUGUUUUGUGAUGACAUCGAUACGGAGGCAUUCUGCCCGAAUGAGGACUCGUGUUGUAUCACGGGAGUGGCCGAAGAUAACAAGCAGCAGCUAGUGACAACGACCAGACGACCGGCCACACCGCCACCUUUGCCACGUUGUCCCGGAUUCUGUCUGCUCAACAUUAUGGCCGCGUUCUGUGAGCGACCGUCGGUGCUCAUCCCGAACACGGCCAACUGUAAGCGUGGUUCGGUCUGUUGCGACAAUACGCGUGCUCCACCACCUCGGCCACAGCAGAACCGUCGCCCACCACCGACCACCACUACGACCCCGGCCCCAACCACAACGGUAGCACCGGAUCCACGAGAAGAGUGCCCCGGAUCGUGCAUCGUCAGUCUGCUCAGCUUCACCUGUUUCCGGAAUGCCGAAAUGACGGAUCUGUUCAAGUGCAAAAAGUCCGGCACCCAGUGUUGCGCUCCAAAGUCCAAGAUCCAGGAGGUGCAAGCGGCCAGCAAAACGAAGUACAACGACACGCACGGUGGUGGUGCGUAUCCACCGCAAGCACUGCCUCCACCACCACCACCACCACCGCCACAGAUGAUGCCACAGCAACCGGUACUGCAGGGUCAGGGCAUCGCACAACCCUAUCCGAUGCAGGGAGUGGCAAUGCCACCACCACCACCACCACAGCCACAAUCUCCGCUACCACCACACCAGGUCCAAGGUUAUGGUCCACCGGCACCGAACCCGUACCCGGGUCCGAUCAGUAACAACAUCUACGAGGUGCCACCGACCCAGCAACCGCCAGCCUACGCCCAGUCCCCGGUGUACGAACCACCGACAACGACACCACGGCCACAGGUUUACUCGAAGUACGUUUGCGGUGUGAAGGGUACGAGCCGGGCGGCACGUUCCUAUCUAACGCGUGAGCUGCUAGCGAUCGAACAGGAAUCAGGGUACCGGGGAACCGGAACGUCACGCCAUGGACGGCAUAUCGAUGUGGACAGUAUCUAUCGGUCGAAGAGCUCGGAACGGUUAGUGCUCGGUAGUAGCAUCGUGCCGAUACCGAUCAUCUACCACGAUCACAACGAUACCGUGCCGGAGGAUUUGCAUCAUCAUCCGAGCCUCAAGGAGAAUGCCACGUUGGCCAAGUACUGGAACAACCACCGGAAGGGACGUGUCGUUGGUGGGGAGGAUGGCGAGAACGGGGAAUGGUGCUGGCAGGUCGCUCUGAUCAACUCGCUCAAUCAGUAUCUCUGCGGUGCUGCCCUCAUCGGUACGCAGUGGGUGUUGACGGCGGCACAUUGUGUUACGAACAUUGUCCGGUCCGGUGAUGCCAUAUACGUCCGUGUAGGGGAUUAUGAUCUGACGCGCAAGUACGGAAGCCCCGGAGCACAGACGCUACGUGUUGCGACGACCUACAUCCACCACAAUCACAACAGCCAGACGCUCGAUAACGACAUAGCGCUGCUGAAGCUCCAUGGCCAGGCGGAACUGCGUGAUGGCGUGUGUUUGGUUUGUUUACCGGCACGAGGUGUGAGUCACGCCGCUGGUAAACGCUGCACGGUGACGGGAUACGGCUACAUGGGUGAAGCUGGUCCGAUUCCGCUGCGGGUUCGUGAGGCCGAGAUACCGAUCGUGAGCGAUGCCGAGUGUAUCCGCAAGGUGAACGCCGUGACGGAGAAGAUCUUCAUCCUGCCGGCGUCCAGUUUUUGUGCCGGCGGUGAGGAGGGUAACGAUGCGUGCCAGGGUGAUGGUGGUGGACCGCUCGUUUGCCAGGAUGAUGGAUUCUACGAGCUGGCCGGUCUGGUGUCCUGGGGUUUCGGUUGCGGACGAGUGGAUGUGCCCGGUGUUUACGUGAAGGUGUCCUCGUUCAUUGGAUGGAUCAACCAGAUCAUUAGUGUUAAUAAUCAAUAGAGGGGGAGAGGGCGGAGCAGUGCGUUCACUUUUAUACCAAACCCAAACUCCCCACGAUUCCCUCCAUCCUCCAUUCCCGCUUUCCAUGUCCUUCCAUGGAGCCAGCCGUAUGCGCGAAUGCACCGCAUCAUGUGAGUGAGUGUCCCGAGGAUUCGUGCAUUCAGUAGCUUUGUAAGUAGGUUUUGGUUUUAAGGAGAAUAAUUUAAACACUAAAAUCGGGCCGGGCAUAAGGAUCUUCUACUUCUUGAUUGACCCCGAAUACAUGCCCUGUAGCAAGAGACAUACAUACAGACACACAUGUAUUCAGUGACCGAGAACCUCAAAGACGAUGCUAGUUGUUAGAGUUUAAUUUUAAGGCCAAUGGGACACGGGAUGGGAGCAGACGCGGUUAUGAUAACGAAGUAGUUGCUGAAGAGCGACAGAUUUCAGGAGCAGCAGCAGCCAAUACUCUCCACCUUCACACUCCACAUUGCAAUCAGACGUAAGAGAUCACCUGACCCCAUGCACCUUUUA